AUGGUAUCAUCUCUUGCUCGUAUCGAUGCUUCUGAGCCGGUGGAGAAUAUUCUAAGUGCCAUUGAGCGAGAUGGAGGAGUCAUUGUCACCAAUCUUCUAUCGAAGGAGCUUCUCGAAGAAGCGAUGCGUGCUAUCGAGCCCAGUUUCUCCGGGCGCGGAAUAUACGACUCCAAGGGUAGUCAUGGCGAGCUUGGUGCAGACUUCUUCCCAGAAGGGUCUCAAAGAGUAUAUGGCCUGCUUUCCAAGAUGACAGACCCUUUGAUCAAGAUUGUUCGUCUGCCCGUCUGGCAGCAAGUCAUGGCCCACUUUCUGAACGAUGAAUUCACUUCGUUCACUGGACAGAAUCGCUUAGCACAGAAGAGCGGAUAUAUGCUUGCCUCUACAGCAGCGCUUCGUCUUGUACCGGGCGCUCAACCUCAGCCAUUGCAUCGGGACCAAAUAGCGUUCCAGGUUCGACCUGAUCCAAACAAUCCCCUUUUUACACCUAUGAUGGGAUGUCUGAUUGCCGGCUCGAAGUGCACUUACAAGAAUGGGGCAACAGCUGUCAUACCAGGAAGCCACUUGUGGGGUGUUGAUCGUGCACCAAACUUGGAAGAGGUGACAUAUGCCGAGAUGGAUCCUGGUUCGGCCUUGUUCACACUGGGAUCGACAUACCACGGUGCUGGAGAGAACAGAUGUGGAAAGGACGAUCCCGACGCUCUACGAACUCUUUUCGCGGUCUUCGGCCAAAGAGAUUACUACCGCCAGGAUCAAGAAGAAGUACUAUCCACCCCCCUGGAAAUUGCCCGCAAGCUUCCGGAGGACAUUCUCAGGUUGGCAGGUUACUAUAAGUCUGUCGGAGGCGUCGGGUUUGUAGAGGAUCAUCAACAUCCUGUAGAGUUCUUGCAGAACGGUGAGAAUGGAAGCAUUGGGAAGUUCGGAAGCUCUGCUCGCAAAGUGGCUGUGUAG